AUGAGUCCACCAGACCCACUCAAGUACUACUGGACACCAAAGCACAAGUUCGACAUUGAAGAGUUUAUCAAAAAGUACAAGCCCUCCAUCCUGAGCCAGGACGACGCGCCUUGGAUAUGGGCGCGUAAUGGCGGUGGCGAGGCAACAGACCCCGAGGCUGAGGACAAGGCGCAUACCAUUGCGAUUGGCAAGGGGCAGGUCAUCGUUGAUGGCCUUGUGAAGAAGAUCAACAAGAUCGAUAGUGACAGCUCUAUCCCGGUUCGCGCUAGCAAGGGUGUCAAGAGCAAGAAGGUUGUCCGCGACGAAAACGUCGACGGUGUCUGGGCUCGAGUUGCACGCUCUGUCGCCUCAGGACCGCUCAAGGACGCGGGCGUCAACACUGUCAAGGUCGCCACAGUUAAUCCGGAUGGGUAUUCGCAGUUAAUCUGCCUCUAUGUGGAUAACGUUUACGACAAGGGGCUCAUGACCGAGGUCAUGAAGACUCUGCUCACCGAGCACGGGAUCGAGCCUUCGUCCUCCAAGUCUGAUCUCUACACCGUGCUCGGGAUCGAUUCAAAGCACCCUAGCAAGCUGAGGUCGACGGUCUGGCAGCCCAAGGAGCUGAUGGAUGUUGAUGAGAUCAAGGCUCUCAAGGCCGAAUAUAACCCCAGCAAGGACAAGCCGAAGAAGGCUGUGCCUGCUCCUGUUGCGGCUGCUGAGAAGGAGGAUCCACCAGCCGAGAAGUCUGGCGUCCACUUCGACGAAAAGACGGAGGAGAAGAGUGACAGUCGGAAGCGCAACGGGGCGAACGAUGAGCCAGCAGAGAAGGCCAAGGCGCCACCAGCCAAGCGAGCAAAGACAGCAGCUGAGAUCUUCAAGGACAACGACAUCUUUGCGGGGUCGGACUCUGAUGAUGAAGAUUAA